AUGAAACACCAACCAGCGAAAGCGAGAAUUAGUCUGACUCUGGUGAAACCUGAUGAGAUUGUGGCAACGGCCAAUAACGAAGAAAAAGGGAAUGUUUAUAGAAUAAACGGAGCAAGAAGGAGAAACGUCCACCCUACAUCGACAGAGAGGAACUGCGGACCAGACAAACAAACUGAAGAUAAGGCACGGAGUGUAAAGACAGGAUUCGCUCCGCAUUCUCCGGAGGAAGGGACACUGCUGAGAAAGAGGGGAGGAGAAUACUUCAAGGGAUCCGGAAUGACAACACGAGUCAAAACAACUUCGGAGUAUCAAAGAGGAGCGUUGAAGAAAAUGGAUAAAGAAAAUGGUGUAGAAGGGGCGGAAAAGGAUGGUUGGGUGAAAGGUGUCGCAGUUUCCCCGGACAGCGCCAUUGUCUCAUUGUUAAUGUUUCGGUCGAUUCUCGCCCCCAUCCUCAACGGCGAAAACUUUCUUCAGAUUCGUCUCGGCAAGUUUUGUGUUUUUCCUUCUUUGUUGAGGCUGAUCAUCUCCCCAAAACGGGUCCCUAUUCGUCACGCUCGUCAUCCAGGAGGACAUAAUGAACUCAGGAGAAAGUAA